GCAGCCUGCAGAGCUCCACAGACCGAAUGACAGCUGCUUCUCCCUUUCUGAUGAAAUCACCUCGCAGCGUUUCGCCCUGGUUGGAGUUCCUCUGAGCCGCCAUGUGCUCCAGGCUGUUUUCUUCCAGCCUUCUGAAGCGCUUGAAGCGCGGCCACGGGACGCAGGCGUUCAGCUCUGGAGCUGCUUCCUUUGCUCUGAAAGGUCGCAGCUGCCUGACGCUCAGAGACUUCAGCUCAGAGGAGAUCAAGAGGCUGCUGUGGGUGUCCGGAGACCUCAAGCAUCGGAUCAAGCAGGAAAACCAGUAUCUGCCUCUUCUUCAAGGGAAGUCCAUUGCUAUGAUAUUUGAGAAGAGGAGCACCAGAACCAGAAUGUCAACAGAGACAGGUUUCGCUCUGUUGGGCGGACACCCGUGUUUCCUCACCUCGCAGGACAUCCACCUGGGCGUCAACGAGAGCAGCAGAGACACGGCCAGGGUGCUGUCUGGACUCUGCGACAUCGUCUUGGCUCGGGUUUACAGCCACUCCACGCUGGAGGAGCUCUCCAAGGAGGCGUCCAUUCCGAUCAUCAACGGCCUCUCUGACCUCUAUCACCCCAUCCAGAUUCUGGCCGACUACCUCACCUUACAGGAACAUUUCGGGUCCCUGAGCGGACUGACAGUAGCCUGGAUCGGCGACGGGAACAACGUCCUCCACUCCUUCAUGAUGUCCGCAGCUAAACUGGGAAUUCACCUCAGGAUUGCUACACCUAAGGGCUACGAGCCAGAGAAAAGUGUCAUUCAAGAGGCUCGGAGGCUUUCCGACGAGCAUGGAACCCAGCUUCUCCUGACCUCUGACCCGAUGGAGGCGGCGCACGGCAGCAACGUGCUGGUCACUGACACCUGGGUCAGCAUGGGGCAGGAGGAGGAGAAGAAGAAGAGGCUGGACGACUUCAAAGGCUACCAGAUAACCAUGCAGACCGGCAGCGUGGCCAGGCCAGACUGGACCUUCCUGCACUGCCUUCCACGGAAGCAGGAGGAGGUGGACGACCAGGUCUUCUACUCAUCCCGCUCCCUCGUCUUCCCCGAAGCCGAGAACAGAAAGUGGACCAUCAUGGGUUUGGUGGUUUCUCUUCUGACCGACUACACGCCACAGAUCCCCAUGAUGAAGUUUUAACUGUCGGCCUUCCAGACUCGCCCUGCGGUGGGAUUUUGUGUCGGCUCUUAAAAAACUACUGAAAACUCUCCAGGUGUCGUCUCAUUGUGGAUGUGGUGCUUCAGCAAAACACUAUUUGCAUUCAGAGGGAUGAAACUUUUGAUAGCUUUAUUACCAGACCAUAUCACUGCUGCUCAUGUGUGAGACACAAGUCAUACUUGCUGCAAUUUACAUCAAGACAUCUCUGAAAAAUCUCAUUGAUUAGAAAAUUACACUUAUUCAUUGAAAGCAGCACAUGUAUCGGUCACAUGUUUGUUUCUGUUGUGCAGCUGAACAGCUCAAUGUUGUCAUGUGUGAGACACUAUUAAAAAAAAAAA